AUGAAUUUAAAAUGGAAUUUGCUUUUUUUUUCGCUCAUCAUUGAGCAUUUCAUUUUAGUUAACUGUACUGUCCGAAAAAAACAUUAUUAGAGUCAUUCAAUAGUUUCUGAAUAUUCAAUCCCUAAAAGUCUCACAACAAAUCCAAUAAUUGAGUAAAAUUACAAUCCUGAGGAAUCUAUGUGCAUAUGGAAAGAUGAUUUAGAUAACAUUUAUAAUCUUUCUCUCCUUUAAAAGUCAGAUUCGUAUUGGCAUGUUGAUAUUAGAACUACUGAGCAACAAAAUUUUAAGAUAUCAUUAAUUUUUAAUUUUUGCAAUAAUUUUCCUUAUAUUGCAUGCUCCGAAAACUAAGCUAAUACAAAGCAAUCCAACACACACUAUGGCGCAUACCAAUAAAUAACAUUUUAAAACGUACAGUCCUUGGAUUAGUGCUCUGCUUUUGGAUAAUAUGAUAAAUCUCUUGUAGAACUCAUAGAUUACUACUAAGUUGGUCAAGGUAUUAAAAUUGUAUAUAGAGGAGGGGAUAUUUGUACUUCAAGUGAAAAUCAUAUGGACUAAGAAAAAGAAAAAAGUAUUACUUUUCUGAUAUAUUGCUCAUCAGAAAAAGAUAAAGAAGAAAAUUUUACAAGUCUCCCAAUAGAUGGGAUUAGUGUUACUUCUUGCAAUCCAGUUCUAUAGAUAAAGCACCCAGGAGGUUGCUAUUAAGGAUAAAUCCUUAAAUAAAAGCAUAAAAUUAAUCAUCCUAUAUUCUUAUUCUUUUUAACUCUGAUAAUAUUUAUCUUUAUAUUAACAAUAAUUAUAAUUACCAUAUUCAACUGUGUUGAAAAUAAUGUUAAGGGAUUUAUGGCUAUUCCCUUCUACUAAGAUUUUAAGAUGUUUAUUUAAAGAUAUUCAAAUUAAACAAACUGUAGGAUGUCUGAUUCUUUUGCUUCCUCACUCGAUAAUUAAUAUGUAUCUACAGAUAAAAAUCUAUUUGCUUAUAAACCUGUCUGA